AUGGCAGCGUACAGGCAGGAUGCCGCCAACCUCUUCCGUCAAAUCCAAACCGAUCCCCACGGUCCGACCGAAACUCUCGACGAGGCAGAUCGGCGAGACCCUGCUGAUCCGAGAUGGAGCUUUACCCCGGAUAAUCGGCUCGAUGACCAGCAGUGGAACGCCGAGUUUGGCUCGCUGAUAAGUUGGGACACGGUCGAGUCCAUGAUCCAGAGGAGAGGCGCCACACGCGUCCAGUAUCAGAGCCACGCCCCGGCAGCCACGGGUGGAUGGCUGCUCCCGGAGCCCCUGAAACGCAGGAUCGGCGGACGGGUAGACCACUAUGAGUAUGUCCCUGCGUGGACCGACCCCAAUUACGACUCCGAGGAGCGCAAAGCCGCGCGGACCACGGCCAGCUUCCUCGGCAGGCAGGUUCCGGGCAAAGGCGACAGGCCUCAGUCGGUCGAGCCGACGCAGUUCGCCAAAAAGUACGGAGUCUACCCUGGGCGUGACGACGGCCGGUCUCUCCUGUCGCCCGUAGACCCAAAGGUCGAACUCGCCAACAACAAAACAUUCUGGCUGAAGAGGGCGUGGCGACGAGAGGUCGACAAGCUGGCUCUCAUGUACGUCAGGGAAACUAUUUUCGAGCCGCAAAGGAACCCGGCAAGCAGGUUCCCCGCCGACAACAAAGAGUUUCGCAUGUUUCUCGAGGCCAACAGCCAGACUGUUGCUGCAGACAUUGAAAACGGUAAAAGGCCCGGAGCCUGCCCGCCGGAGCUGUUCAGGGCCUGUCUCGAAUACAACGACAAAUUGAAAAAGAAUAAAGGCCAUAGGGAGUAUCAACGUUAUAUGUUUGGCGGGUUUGAUGUUGAUGAGCUCGCUGAUAAUGGUCUGUUCGAUUUCAACAACGACAUAAUCUCGGACUUGCAAGACAGGGAAAUCCAUCACCUACUCGAGCGUCAGAGGUGGAAAACAAUUCACCCAAUCGCUGCUCCUCGAGAUGAGCCUCGCCAAUUCUGGAGAUUUCUCGACGAGGAUGGGAAUGCCAAGGAGGGAGAAUGGGCGGCCUCCGACGACCGAGUUUGGAAUGCACUUGCGCCCGCCCUCCAAAUGCUCUCAUAUAUAUUCGACGCCGACCCUCCAGCCUGGAAAGGCCUACGGAACCUGUAUACCAGGUUCCAAGUUGAUCCACAGCGAGACCCUUGGAAUGCGGUCUUGAAGUCUCAGAUUCGACCGUCCGCUUUUCAGGGUCGGGUGGGCUGGGAAGCGUUCCCCAACGACGACCGGUCCAGGUUCGAGGAUCUGGCGGCCCUGCACGCGGCCGGUGUCAAUCUCACUGCAGGCGUCGAGGCAAUAGUCAAAAGUUGUCUCAGACUUAGUAUUGGGUCAUGCCACCGUGGGAAGACUCUGCCUCCCCAUCAGCGAGAGCCUGCGCAUGGUGUUAGUUAUAUCCACCAGAACGGACCAGCCAUCAAGGACACCGAAAUUCGAAUCGUCAUUGGAGCAGAGCUUUUGUGGCCGUUACUCUCUCCGGACACUACAGAAUCGGAGAAGAUCAGUUGCUCGUUUGUAGUAUCAUGCACUCUCCUUCACGAAUUUGCGCACGCGGUUGAGUUAGCAUGCACUUUACUUCCCAAGAAUCCAGGCGUCAUCCCGGGCAUUUACCCAGCACAAACCGCUCAGUUGACCGCACUAGGUGACACUCUAUUCGGCGAAAACCUGCAGCCCAUCGCCAGCUGGACCAAGGAUGACUUCAACCAGCCUUUCUUCGAGGAUGAGGCCGUCGCAGAACCUGGACAUGCUAUUGUCAACGAUAUUUUUGGCGGAAUCGUCAACAGGCUGCAGCCGUCCUUGAGCUCGCCAAUGCCCGAAUCCUUGAACCUGGCGAUGACGGACCUGGUCAGUGAGCAAUGGCCGCCCGCACUAUCUCGCCCUUGGUUGAGAAGCUCAGAGUUCAACCCGAUUUUGCUGUCAAACCCCCAGCUGCCGUUUUCCGAUAUGCACACGGCGCUGCCAUUCAAAUCCUACCUCAAGUAUUUUCAAAAGUCCUUCUGGGACCACGAAUGGCCAACCUGGGGACACGAAGCGUUGAAAAUCCACAACGAGGGAGACCUGCAAGCAAAGGGCCCGGGGCGCACAAAGGCCGCUGUGGACCCUGCGUCCGUGCCGGAGGCUAUGCUCCAGGGCGCUUUCGGCGUACACAGAGGCGCUUUUGUCUAUCGUGCCUUGGGCAUGCUGGAAAAGUUUGGCUACCGCGAUCUGACCCAGCACCUCAAGGUCGUAUUGAGGAUCCAACUCUGCCAGGAGUACACCAAACGUCGCUGGCACGUCGAGCGCAGAACGUGGCCCCGGAUGCGCAAAGAGAUGGACGACCUGACCAAGGAGCUUCAGAAAGCAGCUGCCGACUUCUUUGUUGUCCUUGAGGCAGCUCGUGGCGGCGAUGAAGCCCUAGGGAGGUGGCACCAGACCAAGGUGGACAGCGGCGAAAUAAACCCGCGACACAACUUUGAUCCCAGGAAAAUGGCCGAAUUUCACUGCGGACAACCAUACCGGGUUCUGCUCACCAAGUUGCGAAAAUUGGAGCGCCUCUGCAUCACUCGCGUAUGCCACUUCCAGUACCUGGCCCGCGAGUACAUCACGCUAAGGGAGGAACAGCGGUCGGCGCUGGACGAGAGACACGGCGUCCAGCUCCACAAGGAGAUCAAUUCCGGUGUCAUAUAUGCAUGCAACGCAGCCACACUCGCCAUGACCGCCCUCCUCGAGCAGAUCAGGUCUCAUGAUCCCGUGAUCGACGUCUCUGCCGACGAUCUCGAGGGCCGGUUGAGGCGGCUCACGACCCUGACGCUACUCCUCGCCAGGACCAAAGAUGUCUUCAUGGCCAGGAGUAACCCGAAAGCGAUAGCAAGCCAGUGGCCCAUCUCUACCGCGGCCAACAUGUGGCCAAACGCGUCGCUCGAGUGGUGCCGUCUGGCGGCUCUCAAAGACUGCGAGCGCAUCACGGAUCCCUAUCUCGUCCUCAUCGUCCAAGAGCUCCGCAAGCUGAUUGGCGGCCGGGCCGGGCUCGGGCUGACCGCUUUGCACAUGGACGGGUUGAGGACGGCCCAGAAAGCGCUGCGGGAGGGGAGGCUGCUUUCCACCGACACCGGCGAGGACGAUGAGGUGCCUAGCCCGACCGACGCAGGCACCGAGCAUCAGUCGACGGUCGACCCGGCUGCGACCCGAAACCCGGAGUCUUCCAACCCGGACCCUGCAGACACCGUUGGUCAGGGGUCCAAUGCAGCCACGGCUGCGACUGCUUCCGCUCCGACCUCGACCACCAGGCUCAACCCGGCAGCGCCGGUCUUUUCUACGUUUGCGCCGACUUUCAACCCCAUCCUGCAGGCCGUCAACCCCUUGGUGCAGGCCGUCGACCCGCUGGUGCAGGCUUUCAGCCCCUUUGCGAAUUAUUUCGGCCCCGGAGGAUAUGCCGCAGCCCCUGCGCCACAUAAUGAUCCUAUGGACCUGGAUGAGCUAUGGCUCAAUCCUCAGUUUGUGCCUGAGGAACGACCUUCUCCUGAACCGGAACCUGCAAAUCAAAAUGCUCGCCGCAGGAAUUAA